AUGUCGGAGCCGAGCGAGCACAGCACCAGCCCGGCGGCCACCGAAUCUCACCUGUCGCAUCAUGACUCCCACUCGUCGCAUGUCGACCGGGAUCAUGACCACCACGACCGGGAGUCCUCUCACAAUGACCGGGAUCGGGACCGGGACCGGGAUCAUGAUCGCGAUCGGAACAGGACCGGGAGUGUGAGUGGCAAUGAUCGUGACCGGGGAGCAGGCGGGUCAGCCGACCGGAGCGACCGGCCCCCUCCUCGGAAGCGGCAACGCGUGAGAUUAUCGUGCCUCGAAUGCCGCCGCCGCAAGCUCUCAUGCGACCGUGAGUUCCCUUGCUCGCGCUGUCUCCAGUCUGGCACCCCUGAGCGCUGCGAGUAUGAGACCCGUCCCGGCCUGGCCCCUCCGAACAAGCUCGGCCUGACCCCUACUGCCCUGGCUGGAAUUGAAUCCCGUCUACCUCCUCUGUCCCUACCCAGCACUGGGGGCGAGUCGCCGUAUUUCCGUAAGGACGCCCGGGAUUCGGACCGGAUCCGCCGACUCGAGCUUGAGGUCGCCCAGCUCAAAUCACUCUUACUCAAGCAGGCCCAAGCUCCCUCGGUUGAUGGUAGCAGCACCCUUCAGGAACGCUCUCCCCAGGAGGUGAAGCAGGCAAACGAUGAACAAACUGAGCAGGAGCAGCGCCGGGAGGUCGAGGUGCCUCCGUUUCUGCAGACCCAAGAGACCUCUGCGGAUCGCGAAGAGUUACGCUUCUUCAGGGGUAAGGAGUUCAAGACACGCUACUAUGGUCCCGCUAGCGCAUUCUUGGCCUUCCAGGAACUCAGUGGACUGUGCCCUUUUAUGAAAGAAACAUCGGAGGAGUGGCUGCGUCCACUCCAUAUCCAUCGCCCCAAGGAUCGCAAGAAAGGGGCUGAAGAAAGGGAGCGGCGUUUCCGUGAGCCCGACCCGGAACUGGAAGCCUUGUUACCAUCUAAAGAGGAGACAGACAAUUUAGUGUCCAUCUAUCUGGAACAGUUCGAGCAAGUGCACCGGAUCGUGCAUAUCCCCAGUUUCCGACGCGACUACGCCAAGUUCUGGCAGCCCGGAGAAACUCGCAAUGCCGCCUUCACGGCCUUGGUGUUGGCCAUGAUGGGCAUCUCAAGCUGCUUGGGCGCCCAGCUGCCUCACAAGUUUGAUAAGAUGGUUUCGAGCUCACACACCCGGGCCAUCCGCUGGGUCCAGGCCGUCGACGCCUGGCAGGAGAAGCAGAGUCAGAAGCACCGCCGGCUGAUCCAUUAUCAGAUCGCAUGCCUCGUCUACCUGGCCAAGCGUAUCAACACCAUGAAAAAGAAGCGCUUCUGGAAGAAUGCUGGCGCAAUGACCCAGGAUGCUAUUGGUGUUGGUCUGCACCGCGAGCCCAGCCAUAUGAGCGAUAAGAUCUCCCCCUUCAACCAGGAGAUGCGUCGCCGUAUCUGGGCAACCAUACAAAGCUAUGACUUACAGGCUUCCUUUGACCAUGGGUUACCGUCUAUUCUGUGCUCUUUGCAUUUUGACGUCGACCCACCUCGCAAUAUUGACGAUGAAGAGUUCGACGAAGACUCCAAGGAGCUUCCUCCUUCUAAACCCCCAAGCGAGUAUACCUUCUCUUCCUUCCAGCACCUCAGCCGCCAGUCCCUUCCUUUGCGACUGGAGCUCAGUCGUCUGCUCACCGGUCCACCAGAGGAGCUGGACUAUGAUAGAGUGAUCCGUUACACGAACGAAAUCAACCAAGAGAUCGAUGCACUUCCUUCUUGGGACGUGAGCGACACUUCAACAGACUCUUCCCAAUCGGACCAACAGGGACGGCCCCUCAAGAAGCCACUUCUCGCCUACACCCUCUUGCACAUUCAACUCCGACAGUACAUCAUCCCCCUUCACCAGCCUUUCUUGCGAUUGCGCAAAACCAAUUCCAAGUAUCAGUACUCAGAAAUUAUAUACUACAACGCCGCGCGCGACAUGGUCCUUCUCCACGAUCGUCUGGCCCAGCAGGGUAUCCGCACGCUUAAUUUUUUGCGCGAGGACUCCCUGACCCUGGCCAUCAAUUUGACGUCUGUCACCAUGCUCCAACCGCGCGGCUCAACGAACAUGAUCAUGAUCAACUCCCAACACACGCUGCAGCUGCUGGAGAAGUGUCUUGCCAUGAAGGAGGACCGCAUCCUACGCUGUGGUAACAACGAGCCGUGGGGGUACAGCAUCAUGUGUGCCGCGUUUGGGUUGCUGGAGGCCCACCUCGGGACUAAGACGCCCGAGGCAGCAAAGGCUGCCAGCGCGGAGAGGUUUAUCAAUUUGCAUUAUAAGCUUUUGGCUGGUCAAGACCCGCCUGGGUCUCAGCAGUCACUUGGACUUGGUGUUGCGGGUUGUUGUAGUGGUGUGCCUCAGGGGUCGGCGCCCAGUGAUCAGCAACAGCAUCAGCAGCAAGGCAGAGGAAUGCCAGGCAUGCCAUACGGUCCUCAGCUGCCGAACGGGUCUGCUGGUGAAGGGGGCUAUAUGAGGUCGAAGUCCGUCACACCGUUCCCGCCAUCCUCUUCGCAACAGGGUGCCGUGGGCGGCGCAAACCAGGUGGAAGUCCCUGGUACGCCAUGGUGGAUGCCGAAUGCAGCUGACCCGUCUGGUCUACCUCAGCAGAUCCAGCCGUUGAACCCUGAGUUUAACCUUGAGACUUUAGGCUAUAAUCUUAAUGAGCUGUGGGGCAGCGGAAACUUUGAUUGGGAUGCCAUGAUGCCGUGA